AUGACACGACAAGAUCAUCUAGGGAAAGGGAAACAGGUAUCACCGUUUGAUGCAUUGAUAGCCGGAUCAAUCUCCGGUGGAGCAGCUCGUAUGCUUUCUGCACCAUUAGAUACCAUCAAGAUCAGAUUACAACUUCAAACCAACCGAUAUAAGGAAAGAAUAAACCCAUGGCAAAUGGCCCAGAAUAUCAUUAAAGGAGAAGGAAUUACUGCUCUAUGGAAAGGUAAUGUGCCAGCCGAGGCAUUAUAUGUAUUAUAUGGGGCUAUUCAAUUUUCAUCCUACACUUAUUUAAAUAAUCAAUUCAAUCGUUUGAACUUGAAUCCUUCAGCCCAAACGUUACUCAUAGGAACCAUAUCUGGGGUCAUCAGCACAGCUCUAACGUAUCCCUUUGACUUAUUAAGAACCAGAAUGGCUGCCAACUCUCAGCCCGGGUUUGUCUCCGUGUCAAGUGUUAGUCGUACUAUCAUGAAGGAACAUGGGUUGAAAGGGUUCUAUUUGGGGUUCGUCCCUGCCACGGUGUCAAUAGCAUCUUAUAGUGGGAUCAUGUUUUGUACUUAUGAAUGGGCAAGGGAGUUCUCUCUGCGUUUCCAGAAGGAAGUACCCUUUGUAGAAGGUUUCUGUGGGUUUAUUGCCGGAACAGUUUCUAAAGGUGCAACCUUCCCAUUAGAUACAAUUAGAAAGAGAACCCAAGUGCAAAAGAUAAAGAUUUCUCUGGUGGAAAUGGCUAAACGAAUUCUAAGAGUGCAGUGA